AUGGAGAACACUUCUUCAUCCUUGACAAAUCUCCUGAAUUCUGCAAACACAAGUGGGAAUCCACAAAAUCCAAUUAGUCAACAACAUCAUUUCCCUUCACCCCAAUACCCCAUGAACUAUCCACCAACACAGUUUCCUCCCAAUUUCCACCCUCAGUAUUCACACAUGUUCAAUCCUUUUGGAGCUCAAUCAAGCUAUCCACAAUUCCCAUUCACACCAGGAAGCUAUCAAGGUCCUCCUUACCUGGGCAAUACGGGACAAGGAAGUGGUCAAGCGUCACCAGUUGGAUCCAUGGCUUUCUUCCAAGGUAGUCGAGGUACUAAUUCACGAGCUGAUGAAAAUAGCCCUGUUGGUUCAGCUUCUCCAGUGUCCCUAGGGCAACAGAUUGCUUGUGAUCCUAUUGACACAACAGACUGGAGUGAGAGAAGUGAGAGUAGUCCUGAAGAAAGCGAAAAGAAAGAAGGGCGUGUGCAUUGGAGUGAGGAAGAUAACCUUCGGUUAGUAAGUGCUUGGCUGAAAAAUUCCAAUGAUCCAAUUAUUGGAGUUGAUAGAAGAGGAGAUAGGUACUGGAAUGAUGUUGCAGCAGAAUACAACUUGCACACGGUCAAAGAGCGAAGAAGAAAAGCUAGUCAGUGCAAAAACCAUUGGAACAAGACUAUCCCUUUCAUUACCAAAUUCAAUGGAUGCUAUGACAAGGCAAAAAGAGAGCAUGGCAGUGGUGAAUCUGAUGAUCAAGUCAUGGACAGAGCUCGUCAAGACUACAAAGGACUUGUGAAGACAAAGAGGCCUUUUGCACUGGAGUAUUGGUGGAGAGCAGUGAAGGAUCAACCUAAGUGGAGCAAAGCUUACCCAAUUGAAGAGAUGAUGAACAAGAGAAGCAAGUUGAAUGCAUCAGGAGCUUAUACUUCUUCAAAUCAAGACAGUGAAGAUGCAGAUCCUGCAGCUAGGUGUCGACCACCAGGGCGAAAUGCAGCGAAAGCUAAACAGAAAAGCAAGGGCAAGUUAGUACAUUCAGAAGACAGCAUUUCAAAUGAAAAUGUGAACCUCUUUAAUGAACUUCAAUUACGAAAAACUAUUGCUGCUGAAAAAAUGGCUGAAGCAACACUUGUCAAAGCUGAAGCUGCAAAAGUUAAAGCGGAAGCUGAAAAUAAGAUGGCAGAAGCUGAGAAGGAAAAGGCAAUGCUACAAAAAAUGGAUAAGUACAUGGCACUGCUAGAUAAAGACACUACUGGUUAUGAUGAAGUUGCCAAGACAAGACAUGAACAAAUAUUGGUUUACUUAGCUAAAGAACUUUUUAGUUGA